CGGCGCGGCCUGUGCUGGGCUGGGCCGGGCUGCCCGCCGGUGCCGCCGCCUCCCCGCCGCCCCGCCCCUCGCCGCCGCCGCCGCCUCGCCGGCCAUGAGGCCCAGCCGGCGCCCCAGCGCGGCCCCGCGUCGCGGCUGCUGAGCCUCCGCCCUCCCCGCUACCACCAUCGCCUUCUCCGCCAUCCCCGCCCGGGCGGGGACCCCCCCUGCGCUCCCCUCCCUCCUCACAGCCGCCGCCAUGUUGGGCCGGGAGCCGCAGCGGGGCCGCCACUGAGCCCCGGAGCCCGCGAGGCGGAGGAGGAGGCGGAGAAGGAGGCGGAGGAGGAGCCCGGGGCCUGGCCGCGCCGCACAGCCCAGCCGGCCGGCCGCCCAGCCGCAGCCAUGGCGGAGCAGACCUACUCCUGGGCAUAUUCCCUUGUGGAUUCCAGUCAAGUGUCUACUUUCCUGAUUUCUAUUCUCCUCAUAGUCUACGGCAGUUUCAGGUCUCUUAACAUGGACUUUGAGAAUCAGGACAAAGAGAAAGACAACAGCAGCACAACCGGGUCCUUCAACGGCAACAGCACCAAUAACAGUAUUCAAACCAUUGAUUCUACCCAAGCGUUGUUCCUGCCAAUCGGAGCGUCUGUCUCUCUCCUAGUUAUGUUCUUCUUCUUUGAUUCAGUUCAAGUUGUCUUCACAAUAUGCACAGCAGUCCUUGCAACAAUAGCUUUCGCUUUCCUCCUGCUCCCGAUGUGCCAGUACUUAACGCGGCCUUGUUCACCUCAAAACAAGAUUUCCUUUGGCUGCUGCGGGCGUUUCACUGCUGCCGAGUUGCUCUCGUUUUCCCUGUCUGUGAUGCUUGUCCUUAUCUGGGUCCUAACUGGCCACUGGCUCCUCAUGGACGCUCUGGCUAUGGGCCUGUGUGUUGCAAUGAUAGCCUUUGUUCGGCUGCCCAGCCUGAAGGUUUCCUGCUUGCUCCUCUCUGGGUUACUAAUUUAUGAUGUCUUUUGGGUCUUUUUUUCUGCCUACAUCUUUAACAGCAACGUUAUGGUGAAAGUGGCCACACAACCAGCUGAUAAUCCCCUUGACGUUUUAUCCCGGAAACUCCACCUGGGACCAAAUGUGGGUAGAGACGUUCCCCGUCUGUCGCUGCCUGGUAAACUUGUAUUUCCAAGUUCCACAGGCAGCCACUUCUCCAUGCUGGGGAUCGGAGAUAUUGUGAUGCCAGGUCUUCUGCUCUGCUUCGUCCUGCGAUACGAUAACUAUAAAAAACAAGCCAACAGUGAUUCCUGUGGUGCCCCAGGACCAGGGAACAUCUCUGGACGUAUGCAGAAGGUUUCUUACUUUCACUGCACACUUAUUGGAUAUUUUGUAGGUCUAUUAACUGCAACAGUAGCUUCUCGUAUUCACCGGGCGGCCCAGCCUGCCCUGCUCUAUUUGGUACCGUUUACUUUAUUGCCGCUCCUCACCAUGGCCUAUUUAAAGGGCGAUCUACGUCGCAUGUGGUCUGAGCCUUUCCACUCCAAGUCCAGCAGCUCCCGCUUCCUGGAAGUAUGAUGGAACCGAGAGAAAGUGACCUGAACUUCUGCCUUGGUCCUUUUCACUUUAACUUGUGGCUUUGUCGUCUCCUAAAGCUGGACUGGCUGGUGCUUGGGAAGGUACCAACAUGGGACUCAUACAGAAGGACUUUGUAUUAAAGGAGGAAAAGAAGAGAAAGGCAAAGAUCCUGGAGCUCCAUGUGACUCCGUGUCUCCCUGCAGAUGUGGAAUUGGGGACCCUUUGUGCAGCUGCAGCCACUUUCCUCUUUUCCUCGCUCAGACAGAUUAGUACCAGACUAUUACCUUUGUGAGAGAGGAAGAGACAGACUUGAAACUGAAAACGGCUUGAGGUCGUUCAAAAACUUGUGAACACUAAAAGAAAAACCGAUUAAGCAAACUGAAGCUCCUUCAGAGAACCCUCGGGUACAUUGGGACCAGUGUCCUGCUGGACUUGGGUUUUGAAAAGAACUGAGACAGAAGGUCUUCUGUCACAAUACUGGGGUUUUUUGAUUUAUUAAAUAUUUCCUGUGGUGUGAGGUUACUUAUUAAAUCCACAGACAUUGAGUGACUUCUUGCAGUAUCCAUAGAAAAAUUUGUUGUAACAAGUUACAUUUCCACCCAGAUGUCAUGUUGCAGUGAAAAAGGGCACGAUUUUUAUACAUAUAUAUAUACACACAUAUAGAUAUAUAUAUGAAUAAAUACCAAGGAAAACCUGCUAAGAUCAUGCUAUGUAGCAGACGGGGGCUUGCUGUAAUUUUUAGCAUGUAGAGCAGUUUACUAUGGCUUUCUUGUAUAUGGAUCUACAAUGAGCUGCUGUUUUCCCCCCUCCUACAACUGAACCUGCAGUUUAAAACCACGUGUAGUGUUUGUACUGAUUGUACUCAUGGACAUUAGGGGAUAUUUGAUUUUGAUCAAUGUAGCAAACUAGGGAAGAAAAGAAGUUCAAUCCCAACCCUGUUUGUUUGGGGGGAGGGGGUGUCUAUUGGUUUUCUUUCUUUAUUUUUUUUAAUUAAUUUUGUUUUUUACAACCAGCUCCCUUGCAGGUUUUUAGUCGUUCCUUCUCGACCCAGUGCAUGUAUUAUAGCAGCGAUUGUCUUUGUGCUUUCUGAUCAUAGUGAUGUAUCACUUGUAAAUACAUUUUUUCUAUUUUCUAUUUUUUUGUAUGUUUUGCAUUUCGUUUCAUUAGUGUGCUGUAUUUUUUCCAUGCCCCUGCCCCUUAAAGAAAAAAAGAAAAAGAAAACUGUCCUUUACUGUU